GGGUGGACCGAACUGGGGCCGGGAGAGACUCCGAGAAGGGGCUAGGGAGGGGGUGGCGUUGGGCAGAACCCAGGAAACAGCCCGAAGGUUCCCCACCGAGGCCCGCGCUAAGGUGCCUGAAGAGGUUCCUCGAAGAGGUUGUUCCCCUUCUAGGAUGUUCUUGACGGGAGGAGGUUGUUGAGGGUCGCUCUUCUGAGGCCGAGGCUAAACGGUCCAGGUGAGAGGCAGAACAGCCACUGGGUGAUCUGGAUUCCCUGUAAUUGAUAAUGUUGGAGAUCAGCUCUGUAACUUUCCUUGGUAUUCAGUUGUUCAAAACAGAUAGGAUGCAAGUUCUUCAACUCCAAAUUAUGAAAGCAGUGUUUGGAAAACUGAAAACUAUCUAGAUGAUUGUCUUCGGUUGGGCCGUGUUCUUAGUGAGCAGAAGCCUUGGCCAGGGUCUGCUGUUGACUCUCGAGGAGCACAUAGCCCGCUUCCUGGGGACUAGAGGCGCCACUGCUACCAUGGGUAAUUCCUGUAUCUGCCGAGAUGACAGUGGAGCAGAAGACAGCAUUGAUGCCCAGCAGCAACAGGCUGAGAACAGUGCAGUACCCACUGCUGACACAAGGAGCCAACCCCGGGACCCUGUUCGGCCACCAAGGAGGGGCAGAGGACCGCAUGAGCCAAGGAGAAAGAAACAUAAUGUAGACGGGCUAGUGCUGGACACACUGGCAGUCAUACGAACUCUUGUAGAUAAUGAUCAGGAACCUCCCUAUUCAAUGAUUACAUUGCAUGAAAUGGCAGAAACAGAUGAAGGAUGGUUGGACGUUGUCCAGUCUUUAAUUAGAGUCAUUCCAUUGGAUGACCCACUGGGACCAGCUGUUAUAACAUUGUUAUUAGAUGAAUGUCCACUGCCCACUAAAGAUGCACUCCAGAAGUUGACUGAAAUUCUUAAUUUAAAUGGAGAAGUAGCUUGCCAGGACUCAGGUCAUCCUGCCAAACACAGGAACACAUCUGCAGUCCUAGGCUGUUUGGCGGAGAAACUGGCAGGUCCUGCAAGUAUAGGUUUACUUAGCCCAGGAAUACUGGAAUAUUUGCUACAGUGUCUGAAGUUACAGUCGCACCCCACAGUCAUGCUUUUUGCACUUAUCGCACUGGAAAAGUUUGCACAGACAAGUGAAAAUAAAUUGACUAUCUCUGAAUCCAGUAUUAGUGACCGGCUUAUCACAUUGGAGUCCUGGGCUGAUGAUUCUAAUUAUCUGAAGCGUCAAGUUGGUUUCUGUGCCCAGUGGAGCUUAGACAAUCUCUUUUUAAAAGAAGGUAGAAAACUGACCUAUGAGAAAGUGGACUUGAAUAGCAUUAGGGCCAUGCUGAACAGCAAUGAUGUCAGCGAGUACCUGAAGAUCUCGCCUCAUGGCUUGGAGGCUCGCUGUGAUGCCUCCUCUUUUGAAAGCGUGCGUUGCACCUUCUGUGUGGAUGCUGGGGUGUGGUACUAUGAAGUAACAGUGGUCACUUCAGGAGUCAUGCAGAUUGGCUGGGCCACACGAGACAGCAAAUUUCUCAAUCACGAAGGCUAUGGCAUUGGGGAUGAUGAAUAUUCCUGUGCCUAUGAUGGCUGCCGGCAGCUGAUUUGGUAUAACGCAAGAAGUAAGCCUCACUUACACCCAUGCUGGAAAGAAGGAGACACAGUAGGAUUUCUGUUAGACUUGAAUGAAAAGCAAAUGAUCUUCUUUUUAAAUGGCAACCAGUUGCCUCCUGAGAAGCAAGUCUUUUCAUCUACUGUAUCUGGAUUUUUUGCUGCAGCUAGUUUCAUGUCAUAUCAACAAUGUGAGUUCAAUUUUGGAGGAAAACCAUUCAAAUAUCCACCAUCUAUGAAAUUUAGCACUUUUAAUGACUUUGCCUUCCUAACAGCUGAAGAGAAAAUAAUUUUGCCAAGGCACAGGCGUCUUGCUCUCUUGAAGCAAGUCAGUAUCCGGGAAAACUGCUGCUCCCUCUGUUGUGACGAAGUAGCAGACACACAAUUGAAGCCAUGUGGACACAGUGACCUAUGCAUGGAUUGUGCCUUGCAGCUGGAGACCUGCCCAUUAUGUCGUAAAGAAAUAGUGUCUAGAGUCAGACAGAUUUCUCAUAUUUCAUGACACAUGUGAAAAGUCAUCAUGGACUUGUUUCUACUCAAUUCCGGCCAAUGUUGAAGAGAAAAACAAAGAAAAAAACCCAUCUCUAAUCAGUAUGCACAUUGAAGCCUAUAGCCAUGGCCAGAUUUAUGCUAAAAAUGGUAGUUUGUCAAAGACAAAAUUCUCUUAGAAUCUAACCCAACUUGCCAGCACUGAGAAAUUCCUUUUAAGGCCAAGGAAAGCUGAAUGCUAACAGCUAGGCCUGUGGUACUUCCAUGAAAAAUAUUAGGAGACAAUGCCCUCCUGGACUCUGGAAUUCUCCAUGUUGGGUUCAUUUGAUUGUUUAAUACAGGAUGUUUUGUCUCAUGUUCUAAAGUUUUUAUUUUGGGCAGAAGUCAUUAUGGAGAAGUAAAUGCAGCAUUUCUGGGUUAAGUGUAACUUUUCACUGGUCAGAGAGACACCGGUGUGUUAAGCAUGGAUAUUGCACUGCAAGACUUGAAUCUCUAAAAGUAGGAUCACACAGGUCAAUACUACAGGCAACAUGGAGGGCCUGAAAGAAGGUGCAGACUAUAGGAAAAAACCCAAAUUUUUGCUAUUUCAGUGAUUCCAAAGAACAUUCUAGUUUUUUUUAACUGCAGAAAAUUGGUGGUAUUUUCACAUUCAUGGUGUUUCUAUCCAAUUUCAGUACCCACAUUUUGUGAGGAAAAAAUGUUUUAACAAUGCAAGAGAAAUUCUUAGCUUACGUGCAGUGUUAGACUGGAGAAAAUUUGGUAUUUGGGAUAUUUUUAAGGUACCAUCAAAUCAGGUUUUUUGUUGUUUGUUAAAAAAAUUUUUUUAAUCAGUAUUGUUUUUGGAAGUAAUAUACUUUGAAACUCUUGAACUAAUAGUCUCAAAACUCUUGGAAGACAGUCUGAGAGCACAUAUUCCUAUUGUUUUAAAUAAACACAUGUUUUUGAAUAGUAAAUUCAAUCGUGAAUUGUUGACUAUGUCUUCAUCAAAAGUGUUAACCCCUCUCAGGGUCUCUGGUGAAGACCUUCAAGAGUUUGGUUUUUUCUCCCAGAAAAUUGGAAGGUAGAAUUGUAAAUUCAUAGAACUUAUCUUAUAAUGGUGUACCUCAGCAGCUGCCUUUCAAUUUAUGCCAAGUCCUUACUGAGUUUAUACUUGAAUAGUAAAUAUGUCUUCUUGAGUUUUACAGUGUCUUAAACUCAAUGCACAUUUUUUUCUUCCUUUCCCACCCUUUCUUGUUUGUAGUUCAUUAAACUGUCCUAUUACAGAGCUGAUUUCUUUCCUGGCCGUACUUGUUGGGGUGCUGGAUCUCUUCCAUGUCAUUAGUCUUCCAUAAAUUCAAAAAAAAUACAUAUAUAUAUAUAUAUAUAUAUGUUCUCUUCCCUAGCUCAUGGUGAAUACAGUAAUUUGCAUUGAAAAAAAAUAAAACAUUUGUUGCCUUUUUGGACUAAGAUUUCACAACUUUCAUUGGUGCCUGCUCCUGAGGUUCCAAGACUGUAUACUUUCAGGUUUAAGGGCUAUUUUCCAGGGUAGGAGAGAAUCAAGUAUUAGAUUAAGAAGCAAGGUUAGUAAUUUAUUCAUCCAGGAGAUCUUCAUGUGAUAUACAAAACAGAUUUCAUGCUGGAGCUUCCUGUCUUCCUUGGGGAGAAAACAAUAUAUGUGUUUAUUGUAAUAAAUUGUUGGUGCCUUGAAAGAAAAGAAUAAGGUGCUGUGAGGAGAAGAGGGAGACUUAAUUUAGAGGGGAGCACAGAAGAAACCUCACUGAGGAAGUAAUAUUAAUUAAAAGCUCAAAGGAAGUAGGACAUGACCAGAGAAACUGGGGACAAGCUUCAAGGACUGGUUAGCUACGUGAACACAAUAUUAUAAGCAAAGGCUUUAAGGACAAAAGGAGUUCAGGGGGCUUUGAGAUCUCAUGGAAGGCCCCUGUAGCUAGUGAGAUAGGAAACAGGGUAGAAUAGUAUGUGCCCGUGUUGAGAGGCCUAGGGACUGCUCGGGAAGCCAUGUUAAGGACUUUAUAUUUUAUCCUAAGUACAAUGGAAAGCAAAUAAAUUUAAGCAUGGGAGUACUUUGAUAAAUAAUUUUAAAAGAUGGCUCUGGCUUCUAUGUGGAGAAUGGAAAGGUCGGGGGGUGGGGGGGUGAGGACAAGCAAAAAAUGGAAAUACUAGGACCAGUAGGGAGACUGAAAUAGUCCAGCAGAGAGGUGAAGGUGGUCUGUAAAUUCAGUAGAGAGAAAAGUAAAUGGAACUAAUAGGUCAUCUGCCAGGUAGUCAAACAAAUGAAGUAGCCUACUAACUUUCUAAAAAUCUACCCUUGAACUUUGUUCACCAAAUGUCUACUUUUCCAAUUUUAAACUGCUAGACCAUGAAGUGAGACUUCAAUAUUGAAUUUGAUUCAAUCAUUCAGGAUAGAAGCAAAGUUGUAAUCUUGGAGGUAUUUCAAAGAGAAGACAUUUACUCCAUAUAAAAGAAGAAAAAUAUGUAUUAGCAAGCUAUGUGGAAGCAAGUAAACACACUGCAUUUAAGCAUUUUAAGAGAACUUGAAAGCUAGGCAUUUAUUGGUGACGUACCAGAGAAGAACAACUUUUAGGUUUAAGGCAUUUUUUUCAAUGAUUCAUUGGGGAAAUGCCCCAAGGGUUCCUGCUGAAAGAAAAAAUUGUUUUAAUGAAUUGCCACCAUUUUUGAGUGAUAACUGAUAAAGCAAGGUAAACUCAUGGUGCUGUUUGCACGCCAGGAAAUGACUUAAUCACAGAAAUCAAAAUUUCACUAGCAGAAAAUGACUUUUGCAUGAAUUUGAACCAUGUUGAAGAUUAAUCUGAAAAAUAAACCAUCCAACAAAGA